GGUGGUGUGUUCAAACUUCAAACCAAACCCAACCACCCCAUUCAUUUUUUUAACAGACCCAACCACCCUACGUUAGACUUUUUCAACACUUUUCUCACCUACUCCACCAACUCAAAUGGAAUCACUUGCCAUUACCAAAUUGCACAAAGGUCUUCUGCGAGCACAAUCCAAGAGUGAAGGAGAAGCUGUUGCUGGGAAGGAGAGGAAGGCAAGGAAGAUGAGCUGCCAACACGAUGGUGGUGAGAGCAGGGAGAUUGAAUUGCAGAUCUGUUUUGCAGCUGUUGCGCUAUUUAGUGAAGAAGAAGCUGCUGCUGGGAAGGACAGGAAGGCAACGAAGAUGAGCUGCCAACGUGAUGGUGGUGAGAGCAAGGAGAUCGAUCUGUUUCUUCUUUCAAACAUGGUGCUGGUGACUGGUGAGAGCAGGGAGAGCAAGUAGUGUUCUGCAACAUUUUUGGGCUGCCGAGUUUUUUUUUUUUGACCUUCUAGGGUUUUUUUUUUAAUCUAAUCUUAAUUGAAGUUUAAUGGUUUUUAAUGUAAUAAUAUGAAAAAGAUGGGAUAAAAUUUGAGUUAAUUG